AGCCGGUACCCCCCAAACUGACAACUUUGUGGUGGUGGCUCUUCCCGGGGCUCAGCCUUGUGCCUUUAUUCGGGUGAUUUAACUCUUCCCAAGCCCCAGCUCCCACUUGCAAACUUGGCCUCUGACCAGCAGGCAGGGCAGGGGGAGCGGGAGGUUCUUGCUCUCAGCCGCAGUGGGGAACCUUGGGCGAGAGAAGGAGCAUCCCAGAAAGGGGGUCCUGACUCCAGGGACCUCGGCACCUGUGGCGGCAGCCCAGCCUCCUGCUGUGGCCCUGACAUCAGGCAAUGAGACUUUGACUUAACCGAGGAAGGCAGGAUCCGGUCUGGAGGCAGAAUCCUCAAGUUGUAGAGCUGACAUGGCCGAUAGCUCUUCCUUCUGGGAGGACAUCCAGAAGUACCACCCGAUCCUCCUAAAAUUCCCAAAUCCCUGGACACCAGCAGAUCACGAUGAGGACCUAGGGCAUCUGCCUGCUGACUAUACCCCUGGCCUGUAGUGACCAUGGCCCCCCGCAAGAGGAGUCGCCAUGGCCUGGGCUUCCUGUGCUGCUUUGGGGGCAGCGGCCUCCCUGAGAUCAACCUCCGGGACAACCACCCUCUGCAGUACAUGGAGUUCUCAAGUCCUAUCCCGAACCCAGAGGAGCUUAACGUCCGCUUUGCAGAGCUGGUGGAUGAAUUGGAUCUCACAGACAAAAACCGGGAGGCUGUGUUCGCACUGCCUCCGGAGAAGAAAUGGCAGAUCUACUGCAGCAAGAAGAAGGAACAGGAGGACCCCAACAAGCUGGCGACCAGCUGGCCUGACUAUUACAUCGACCGCAUCAACUCCAUGGCUGCGAUGCAGAGUCUGUACGCUUUUGAUGAGGAGGAGACAGAGAUGAGGAACCAAGUUGUGGAAGACCUGAAGACGGCUCUCCGGACACAGCCCAUGAGGUUUGUGACACGCUUCAUUGAACUGGAGGGUUUGACUUGUCUGCUGAAUUUCCUCCGGAGCAUGGAUCACGCUACUUGUGAAAGUCGCAUCCACACCUCCCUCAUCGGUUGCAUCAAGGCUCUGAUGAACAACUCCCAGGGGCGGGCACAUGUGCUGGCGCAGCCAGAGGCCAUCAGCACCAUUGCACAGAGCCUGCGCACAGAGAACAGCAAGACCAAGGUGGCCGUGCUGGAGAUCCUGGGUGCUGUGUGCUUGGUGCCCGGAGGCCACAAGAAGGUGCUUCAGGCCAUGCUACACUACCAGGUGUAUGCAGCUGAGCGGACACGCUUUCAGACACUGCUGAAUGAGCUAGACCGAAGUUUGGGCCGGUACCGGGAUGAAGUGAAUCUGAAAACAGCCAUCAUGUCCUUCAUCAAUGCUGUCCUCAAUGCUGGAGCUGGAGAGGAUAAUCUGGAGUUCCGCCUACAUCUACGGUACGAGUUCCUGAUGCUGGGAAUCCAGCCUGUGAUUGACAAACUCCGGCAGCACGAGAAUGCCAUCCUGGACAAGCAUUUAGACUUCUUCGAGAUGGUCCGGAAUGAGGAUGACUUGGAGCUAGCCAGGAGGUUUGACAUGGUCCACAUCGACACCAAGAGUGCUUCUCAAAUGUUCGAGCUGAUCCACAAGAAGCUAAAGCACACGGAGGCCUAUCCCUGCUUGCUGUCUGUCCUGCACCACUGCCUGCAGAUGCCCUACAAGCGGAAUGGUGGCUACUUCCAGCAGUGGCAGCUCCUGGACCGCAUCCUUCAGCAGAUCGUCCUCCAGGAUGAGAGGGGUGUGGACCCUGACCUGGCUCCCUUGGAGAACUUCAACGUCAAGAACAUCGUCAACAUGCUCAUCAAUGAGAAUGAAGUGAAACAGUGGCGAGAUCAGGCAGAAAAGUUCCGGAAAGAACACAUGGAGCUGGUGAGCAGGCUGGAGAGAAAGGAGCGAGAAUGUGAGACAAAGACAUUGGAGAAGGAAGAGAUGAUGCGGACACUGAACAAGAUGAAGGACAAACUGGCCCGAGAGUCCCAGGAGCUGCGCCAGGCUCGAGGACAAGUGGCAGAGCUGGUGGCCCAACUCAGUGAAAUCUCAACAGGACCUGUAUCUUCCCCACCACCCCCUGGGGGUCCACUUACCUUAUCUUCCUCGAUGACAACCAAUGACCUGCCUCCACCCCCGCCCCCUCUACCUUUCGCCUGCUGCCCCCCACCGCCACCACCACCUCUUCCACCUGGUGGGCCUCCCACUCCCCCUGGUGCCCCACCUUGCUUCAGCAUGGGCCUGCCUCUCCCUCCGGACCCCUGCCCCAGCAGUGAUAUCCCACUCAGGAAGAAGUGUGUCCCCCAGCCUUCUCAUCCACUGAAGUCCUUCAACUGGGUCAAGCUUAAUGAGGAACGUGUCCCUGGCACCGUAUGGAAUGAGGUUGAUGACAUGCGGGUAUUUCGGAUUCUGGAUCUAGAGGACUUUGAAAAAAUGUUUUCAGCUUAUCAGAGGCACCAGGAGCUGAUAACUAAUCCUCAGCAGAAAGAGCUGGGCUCCACAGAGGACAUCUACCUGGCCUCCCGCAAGGUCAAAGAGUUGUCGGUCAUUGACGGCCGGCGGGCACAGAACUGCAUCAUCCUUCUCUCUAAGCUGAAGCUUUCUAACGAAGAGAUCCGGCAGGCCAUCUUGAAGAUGGACGAGCAGGAGGACCUCGCAAAGGACAUGCUGGAGCAGCUCCUCAAGUUCAUCCCAGAGAAGAGUGACAUUGAUCUCCUCGAGGAGCACAAGCAUGAGAUUGAGCGGAUGGCCCGGGCUGACCGCUUCCUCUAUGAAAUGAGCAGGAUCGACCACUACCAGCAGCGACUACAGGCCCUGUUCUUCAAAAAGAAGUUCCAGGAGCGUCUGGCUGAGGCCAAACCCAAAGUGGAAGCCAUCCUGCUGGCCUCCCGGGAGCUGAUCCGCAGCAAGCGUCUAAUGCGGAUGCUAGAGGUCGUCCUGGCCAUUGGCAACUUCAUGAACAAAGGGCAGCGUGGGGGUGCCUAUGGGUUCCGGGUGGCCAGCCUCAACAAGAUUGCAGACACCAAGUCCAGCAUUGACAGGAACAUCUCUCUGCUCCAUUACCUGAUCAUGAUCCUGGAGAAGCACUUCCCGGACAUCCUGAACAUGCCCUCAGAGCUACAGCAUCUUCCAGAAGCCGCCAAAGUCAACCUGGCAGAGUUGGAGAAGGAGGUGGGUAACCUCAGGAGGGGCCUCAGAGCGGUUGAGGUGGAGCUAGAAUAUCAGAAGCGUCAGGCACGGGAACCAAAUGACAAGUUUGUCCCCGUCAUGAGUGACUUCAUCACAGUCUCCAGCUUUAGUUUCUCAGAGCUGGAAGACCAGCUCAAUGAGGCCAGGGACAAGUUCUCCAAGGCUCUGAUGCACUUUGGGGAGCAGGACAGCAAGAUGCAGCCGGACGAAUUCUUUGGAAUCUUUGACACCUUCCUGCAGGCCUUCUCGGAGGCCCGGCAGGACCUGGAGACCAUGCGGAGGAGGAAAGAGGAGGAGGAGCGGCGGGCGCGCAUGGAAGCCAUGCUGAAGGAGCAGAGGGAGCGGGAGCGGUGGCAGCGGCAGCGGAAGGUCCACGCGGGCAGCACGCUGGAGGAAGGAGGCGAGUUUGACGACCUGGUGUCCGCCCUGCGCUCGGGGGAAGUUUUUGACAAGGACUUAUGCAAGCUCAAGCGCAGCCGCAAGCGGUCGGGGAGCCAGGCCCCGGAAGUCACCCGGGAACGGGCGAUCAGCAGGCUAAAUUAUUGACCCGGGGGACUGGCCACCGCAGGAAGCGGGAGACAGGGACGGACCAAGGGGCUGAGGGCAUGCGGCCGUGAUCCUUAAACAAUUUGGUGCUCGGUUUGAACGAGCCCUGGGCUGGGUCCUGGGGUGGGGGCGGUGUGUGUGGCAGGACCAGGUGUCCCCGCACUUACCUGAAGGGGCUCCCCUCCUGUUCCAUUAUUCUUUCUGCAUCCCGGCCCCCAGGGUCCCUCUGAGGUGGACCUGGACAUCCCUGGCAGGCCGGCCUGAAGGAGCCUUGCCCCCCUGUCCCCCAGCAAGGGCACCCACGUGUUGGCACACAAGUGUUCUAGAUCUAGGCUGGACAGAUCCAUGGGCCUUGUCCAGAUGUCAUGUGAGGUAGGGAGUUAAUGGAUGGGGGGGUGCCCUGAGAGCCAGAGUGAGAGAAUGCAGGCCCCCAUUCCCCAAGGGGAGGCUUCAUGGAAUCUUGAUCUGGGGGGAAAACUUUCCUCUUGGAUGGAAAAGGAAGAGGCAUUAUGUAAUCUACCUAGGUAUGUUUCAGAAAAAGUGUGGGGAGUGUGAUGCAGGGACCAAGUCCUCAGGACACAGAGUAGCAGUGCCUGUUGCCUACAUCACAAGUCCUUUGGCCCCUCUCUUGCAUGUCUUAAGUCUCUCUCCCUUCCUUCCUACUGCAACCUUCAUCCUAUCUACUAAUCCUGAAUCUCAGAACCUUUGGGUUCCCAUGACUAUGGCUAUCAGACGCUUGAUGAAUCUGGUAAGGGAAGGGGUUCAAGAAAGAUCCCACUCAUCACCACGCCUCGUGCCUUGGGCAUAGGGACCCUGGAACAAAACUCUCCUCACACCUCCUCUGCACAACCCAACCAUUGUCUUGAAGUGAAGUGGGACCACACAUGGUGUUGGCUGGGAAUUCUGAUAGCCUCUCACUAGAGGGCAGCACUUGAACACCAAGCUCCACUCUAGUGCUCCCUGGUCUACCACUUAACUGUUCAUCAGAUCCCAAACUCUUUGUCUAAUGUCUGCCUCAGGGCAGAAGCCAUGGUGACCCCCCCCCCCCCGCCCCCACUCCUCUGACCUGUGAAAGACCACUCCAAACCAUGUAUAGCUGGCUAAGGCUGGCCCUGGGGUGUCUUGUUUCUGAGAAGGUCCGCAGGGCCAGAGCUGCCCUCUGCAUUUACCUGUGAGCUCCGAAGCAUUCAGACUGGGAGCCAGAGCAGGCAGAGGAAGCUAGGGAGAUGGGAUAUGGAGGAGAAAGGCCAACUUCUCUGGGGGUGUGCUGCCUGAACGAGCCAAGUUUGGAAGGCUGGGUACCAGAGAUGCUGGAUGGGACCAACCUCUCAAUUUAGUUCUUCAGCCUGACUUCAGAGGUCCAUACUGGUCCUCCCAUCCACUUCCGCCUUCCAUUCUGUCCAUCUUGAGCUGUCCUGGAGGUGGGGGGGCAAUUGCUGUGUCGAAACAAAACUUCUGACUUCUAAAAGAAGGGAGGAGAGAUCAGCCCCAUCAAGGCUUUUAUUUCCCAUACAUUUCUUCCUCCUAGAGUUGAGAGCCUCUGAGACCCUCCAUCAACCAGCUCCUUGCCUUUCUAUCUUCCUGCCCUUCCCUUUGUUCUCACCUUCCAACCUACUCCUCCAGCUCAGGGUUAUUGCCUGGUGGGCUAGGCCCACUCUUCAGCUGCUUAUCUGAGCUUUUCCCUACAUCAGAUUCCUGGGGCAGGGCCAGAGUAGCUGUCGGCAGGGGGAAGAAACAUAGGGUUGGUGAGCCCAGCAUGUGUGUUGGUUUGAGGGGAAGGGAUCUGAGCAAAUGCAAGCCUGGCCAGGACAGACCGGAAGAGGCCAUCCUGGAGUCCAGGUGAAGGCAAGAUGAAGGCUUCCAGGAAGAGCAGCUGCAGAGGGCUUUGCUAAACCCAUCUGUAUACCCGGCAGCCCCCCGCCACAAGCAGCUGGCCUUGGCAUGAGGGAAGGUUGUGGGCACAGUCUCUGAAGGUCCUCUCCCAAACUGGGCUGAGAUCAACCUACCCUGCAGGAACAGGGAACAAGGGAGGGCUCCACUUCUAUCCAACAGCAUGUCCACAUUGUGGCAUUCCCACUCACCAUGGAAGACUGGAUACACACCAGGAAAGACAAUACAGGAGCAGUUCAAGACAUUGGAGCCACAGAAAAGCACACUUUGGUUUAACUGUUUACAGAGGACACAUACCUUGUUCUAGGGCUCAGGCUUCUCACCCCAAAAGAAUUUUCCUUCUCUAUUUAUUAUUUUCUAGCUCUGGCCAGUAGAGUAGCCAGAUCUCCAACAGUGCCUUGGACCACAGACCAUCAUAGUUGACUCAGCAAGAAGGGGCUGGUGCCCCAUGGAGACGGUUGAGUUGGUCCUUGAUAUGCUCAACGUUUACGCCUAUUUGUUCCUUGGUCUUUCCCCAGUGUCCUUCUCACCCCUCCUGCCACCUUCAGGUACAUUUUUCCAGCUGUCUAACUUUGUGUCCAAUAUAAAAUUCAGUUAACCGAAUGCAACCUGUCCCCUUCUCAGCAGUAGCACCGGCUCUUCCUCCCCGGUGAGGGAGGUCAGGUGUGCUUAGGGCAGCAGGAGGAAAAAAUUCUCCAGGUGGAUGGGAAAGGGUCUGGUCCAGGCUCUCCCCACCCCCAUCCCAUUUUUACCAACUGGGGCGCCAUGACUGUUCCUCCAGCCUCUACCAGGGAUGCCUCCAAGCCAUGGCUGCUUUCACCAAGCCGUCUCAGACGACGAGCGAGGCUAAUGUACAAAAUCAGCAUCCUUUUUACCUGCACCAUUUUUAUAAGAAUAUAUUGUAAUACUAAAAAAUAUUAAAUCCAUACCAUCCCCA